GCCUCGAACCGCGCCCGAACUUUGACGCGCUUAAACUAAUUUGCUACGAAAGCACAACAAUAGUGCCUAUGGAAGUGAAGUAAAGUGGACUGAAAAGUGAAGUUUAGUGCCAGUAGUCUUCUGGUAUCGGAGAGCUUCAAGGAUGUGAAAAACCACAUAAUGUAUGGCAUCAAUCAUACGGAAUAUGAAUAUGAAAAUUAUGAGCCGAGAAGAAACAAUGGAUUAGAUAAAAAUGUGUCAAUCGAAGAUAACUCUACAGUGUACGCGAAUGAGACAUGGCCGGGCUACGAGAUCUGGUGUUCAGCGAGCUCGUCGACGGGGGAUUUCCUGACGUCACCGCUGUUUCAAGCAUGUGUUUACUUUAUGUACUGCACAGUGUUUGUGGUGGCCCUCGUGGGCAACGGGCUAGUGUGUUUCGUAGUGCAAACGUCGCCGCGUAUGAAGACGGUGACGAACUACUUUAUAGUGAACUUAGCGGUGGGGGACAUUCUGAUGACACUGUUCUGCGUGCCGUUCUCGUUCGUGUCGAUGCUAGUGCUGCGCUACUGGCCGUUCGGCGGCGUCAUGUGCAAGGUGGUCAACUACUCGCAGGCCGUGUCCGUGCUCGUGUCCGCGUACACGCUGCUCGCCAUCUCCAUCGACCGCUACAUGGCGAUCAUGCGACCGCUUCGCCCACGCUUAGGGCGAGCUGCCGCCAAGCUCGUGGUGGCAGCCGUGUGGGGAGGGGCACUCGCCACGGCUGCUCCUAUACCUGUCGUAUCGACACUCCAAAGACCAACGGAGUGGUAUAAAACUUGUCAAGCGGACAUUUGCCUCGAACAGUGGGAACGGGUGGAGCAGAGUUCGCAGUACACGUGCGCGCUGCUGGCGCUGCAGUUCGCGCUGCCGCUGUGCGCGCUGGUGUGCACGUACGCGCGCAUCGCGCACGCCGUGUGGGGCGGCCGCCCGCCCGGCGAGGCGCAGAGCGCGCGCGACACGCGCAUGCAGCGCUCCAAGCGGAAGAUGAUCAAGAUGAUGGUGACGGUUGUAGCCGUGUUCACAAUCUGCUGGUUGCCACUAAACGUGUUCAUAUUGUUAUGGACGACGCACGAGAGCGACGCGGAGUGGGGCGCGUGGCCCGGAAUGCCGUACGUGUGGUUCGCGAGCCACUGGCUGGCCAUGAGCCACUCCUGCUACAACCCCAUCAUCUACUGCUACAUGAACGCGCGCUACCGCCGCGGGUUCAAACAGGUCUGCAUCUUGUAUUGUGGCACAGGUGUUGUGGAGGACGCGGAGUGGGGCGCGUGGCCCGGCAUGCCGUACGUGUGGUUCGCGAGCCACUGGCUGGCCAUGAGCCACUCCUGCUACAACCCCAUCAUCUACUGCUACAUGAACGCGCGCUACCGCCGCGGGUUCAAACAGGUCUGCAUCUUGUAUUGUGGCACAGGUGUUGUGGAGGACGCGGAGUGGGGCGCGUGGCCCGGCAUGCCGUACGUGUGGUUCGCGAGCCACUGGCUGGCCAUGAGCCACUCCUGCUACAACCCCAUCAUCUACUGCUACAUGAACGCGCGCUACCGCCGCGGGUUCAAACAGGUCUGCAUCUUGUAUUGUGGCACAGGUGUUGUGGAGGACGCGGAGUGGGGCGCGUGGCCCGGCAUGCCGUACGUGUGGUUCGCGAGCCACUGGCUGGCCAUGAGCCACUCCUGCUACAACCCCAUCAUCUACUGCUACAUGAACGCGCGCUACCGCCGCGGGUUCAAACAGGUCUGCAUCUUGUAUUGUGGCACAGGUGUUGUGGAGGACGCGGAGUGGGGCGCGUGGCCCGGCAUGCCGUACGUGUGGUUCGCGAGCCACUGGCUGGCCAUGAGCCACUCCUGCUACAACCCCAUCAUCUACUGCUACAUGAACGCGCGCUACCGCCGCGGGUUCAAACAGGCGCUAGCCGGUCUGCUGUGUAUGAAACUGGAAGUCACUCAGCGGUCCUGUCACCGAUCCAGUUUGUGUGACGGGUUACCAAUGUCUGAAAUGAUCGGCAUGAACGGCAUCACGCGUCGCGGGACCAUGACAAGCUGCGUUAGCCGGUUACAACGCGUGCCCACGUGCUCGUCGUGUACGUCCACGCGCCGCGCACCCGCCUCGCGGGCUGCGCCGCCACCGGUGCGCGCGCUCUCCGUGCGGACUCACUUCAACUAGAGUAACUAAACUUAGGAGGGGAACUGAAAGGUCAACUUUUGAAUAACGUGUCGCGGGACCUUGACAAAGUGCGUCAGCCGCUUACAGUGUGUGUCGUGCCUAUUUGGUGCCAACGUACACGACUGAUAAUAGAGAAUCAUAUUACGAAGAAAUCAGUUGACGUUAUCAUUGACAAUGACGUGCAACCGACGAGCACAGUCCUUUAGCUGCAGUUGUCCGGCUAAAAUAUACUGUAGGAUUGUGUAGUACAUGUACUAUAUAGUAUAAAAGACACGAUUCCCUGCACUGUACUAGACCGAACCACUCCCAAAGGAUUCUGAUCUCUAGUACAUUUAGUACACUCACACACGUGCAACAGAAUGGGAGCGGAAGGAGCGAAGAACCGAGGAG